AUGCGAAAGACCGCUGAAUUGGAUUUAUUCUUGACAACGGGCGCCCCAGACUUUUUCCUUUCCCUCUCAAGUCUUAACCGAACUCAGACGAGGCACCAUCACGGCACCAACACCAUCACAGAAAAGCAAGAGACUCCUAGGAGCUCUGACACCUCUUGUCCCCCCAAUCUUCCCGCCCUUCCCCAUCUGCCCAUCCUUCGGCCCAUCUUUUUGCUCGGCACGCCGCACCCCCCUUCUCAACUUUCGCCUCUGGGUUCUUCCCCCUUCUCGGCGCUGCUGGACCGGGUAUCAAGUCAAAGGCCCGGACGAACAACUCAUCGUCCCAUCUUCAUCCUUCGCUUCUGCCCAAUUACCGCGCAAGUUUGUCCAAAAGCCGGGAAGCCAGAGCCAAAGCCUAGAGGGGAACGCCAGGGCCGAACACAGGCAAAGACGGGGCACAUUGUUGCAAACAAUAUACCACAGACCGCGGACGAGACAACCGGUCCACGACGCACCCAGCAGCAUUACAUGACAUACAAGACUGUUUCGGUCGGCAAGCCGGCGUCCAACCCACCUGAUCCAGUUUCUCCCGCUCCAUACGCAACCUCCUACUCCAACCGAACCCUGGUCUCUGAUGAUCGCCGCCAAGACCCACCAUCAGUCAUUUACUUCACGCAGUUGAUCGCACUUUUCAUCCUUUUCGGUUGUCCCCUUUGGGUCCCCUUGGCUCUUUUUUCACUGCGUUCUCUGCUUGAUUUCGGACAAGGCUGCUACCCUGGAGGCCACGGAGUAUCCGUACUGAGUGUUCGUACCUUGCCUGGAGUCUUGGCCCGAAAAGAAGAAGUUGCCCGAGUCUGCCUCACCUUGCUCCGUCCCUCACUGUCUGCCCACGACCUUACUUCUAUCCCCGCCUCCCCCGAACGCACGCUGCAUUGCUCGUCUUCCACCGCGCUGGCCACCGCAUUGCCGCCUGCCCACGUCGACCUCCGAUCCUGUGCGACCGUUGCUGGAACAGUUACUAUCAUGAACGCCUCCUAG